AUAGAGGGAGGAGGGGAGGUGAUGUCAGCCUGCCUCAGGCCACUUUCCGGGGACUAAGGACAAAGGGAGGAGACAGCUGGCAUGAUGGGACAGUGGGAGGUGGCCUCCCAGAAAGCUGCAGUGGUCCCCUGCCACCUCCAUUUAGCCAGCCAUUCCCUAGCAAGUCAGCUGGGCCGCUAGGUGGGAAUAGAACAGGGGCCACACCCAUCAGCACUCAUUCCAAAGCAGCUCUGUCCUGGGUUUCUACAACUGCAAGGCCCAGAGGUUUUGCUCCAUUGGACAGAAUUCAAACCUAACACAGGGAGGAGCUCUCCACUGACCCACCCCUCUGCUUUCUGUCCAACACUCUGAGUAGUCUGAAUCCAGGCAACUUCGCCUUUCUGCCCUUCCCUGGCCUCUGGCUUGAAUUUCCAGGAAAAGCAAGGUUAACACCUGCUUUCUGAUCCCCUCUGAAGGGGGACUCUGGGAAUAUUUUGAGAGUGGAAAGAAAAGCAGAGAGCCACUCACACCCUCCCAUUCCUCUUAAGGACCAGUUGGAUUUGGGCUCCUUCCCAGAUCAAACUCCUGUGAGUUCCUCAAUCAUGAUGACUUGAAGACACUAGCCCAGUGCUGGGAGAGGGGGAGAGCUUCUGGGAGUACUUGGGCACAAGGUGAUGAUUCUGUAACUUUGCAGUCCCAGGAGGUAGAAUUUUUUUGGUGGGGUGGGGGCAUAUUUAUGCUGAGUAAGCUCAAGAAUCUUUAAUAAUGCUAGUAAUGAUGACCUUAAUAAUGACCUUAUGCUAAAGUUUUUCACAUUUUGUUUUUUGAGAUGAGGUUGAUGUUGCCUAGGCUGGUCUCAAGCUCCUAGAAUCAAGGGAUCCUCCUGCCUCAGCCUCUCAAGUAGCUAGGGCUAUAGGCUCAUGCCUAGCUAUGUUGUGGGUUUUUUUAAGGAAUUAUCUCAUGCAGUCCUCAGAACAGCCUUGUGAGGAUACUACUGUCCUUAUACAAAAACCGAUAUUUGGAUAAAAAGAUGGAAUUCUACAACGGAGGAAAUUAAGGCUCACAAAGGUCAAACAACCUGACCAAAGUUACCCCGUGAGAAAGGGACAGAGCCAGGACUCAACCCCAGGUCCACCUGCCUCUUGAACUUUACUUUUAAUCCCCUGACUAUAUGCAAAACACUGAUUUAUAAUUUACAGUUAGAAAGAAAAGUGUGGAGUCAACCAGGAAUUUGUGUUAUCUGAUUAGCAUUCCCUUACCCCACCUGCCAUGGGACAAUAUCCUUUAGGAGCUACAAUACAAUUAGAAAAUAGUUGGAUGCAUUUGGAAUCAAGCAAAAGGAAGAGUCCAUUUAUUAAAACCACUUAGCCAUUGUCCACCCGCAGAAAACACCAGCCAAGAGGAACAUGCACUGGUGCUGACUGAGCAGGGAUUCCUUCUCCUCACAGUCUGGUGGCAGUCCGCCUGAGGUCUUUAGCUUGAAGGUGUUUGCUGAAUUAGUGAGUUCACAUUAUUACCUGGCUAGGAGCUGUUCUCCAACACUACUGUAUAUGCCACCACUGCCCAAGAUCCUACCAGCAGGCAUGGUCCUUUAAUAAUAUAUUUUGACAUUUUGAAUGGUUUAAUUUUGAUUCUACCAAAGGAUUCUUGGAACAAGAGCAUCAUGAAGGGUUACAGAAAAGGGAAAUUGAGUAUAAGGAAGACUUGAUAUGUACUUGACUCACCUUUGAGUCAUGGACCCUUUUGACUCCACCACUGGUACCAUUGAAACAAACAAAACAAAAAUAAGCAAAUAUCUGCCAUUGUGGAAAGGUAAUGGAAUAAAGUGACUGAGGGUGCAGGCUCUGAAAUCAAACAGCCUGAGCUUCAAAUCAUGCUCCACUACUGUACCAGCCAUGUGUCAUUGGGCAAAGCAGUAACCUCUCUUCCCAGUUUCCUUUCCAAAAUGCAGAUAAUGGUUUCUCCCCGAUAAGGUUGUUGUGAGAAUUAAAUGUGAUGUUGAAUGCAAAGACUUGCACAGUGGAAAGAAAUAUCAUCUGCACGUAGCUUCUGCGUCUGACCUGAGCAUGUGGCUCCAAUGUAAAAAGCUCACAUGCCCCCUCCAGACAGGACUGGAAACGAGAUAGAUGCUUAUUCCUGAUUGGCCUGCCAGCUGCCUUCCUUGUGCACACACUAGAGCAUAUACACUUUUCUCCAUGGUAACCUCAGCCUCUUCUGGUAGAACCUUAUUUGCUCAGACUGAGAACAAAACAAUUGCUUUGGUUUCUGUUUUCUUUCAUAUCAUGCCUAGGCACUGUCUGAACAGGGCUUUUUCCAGUCUCCCUCAGAAUAGGGGUCUUUGCAGCUGCUUAAUCUAAGCUUUUGCAUGUGAGGGGCAGCCACUAGGGAAAAGAAGGAAAGUGAAGGAGAUUCCAUGAGAAACCUUAGCAAGAUCUCUUCAUGUGCUUUGGGAGAAAUCAAUUCAACAAAUGUGUACUGAGGACCAGUUCCAGGCCCAGCUGGCCCGGGCACUGUACGACAACACUGCCGAGUCUCCCCAGGAGCUGUCCUUCCGCAGAGGGGACGUUCUACGGGUACUGCAGAGGGAGGGUGCUGGCGGACUGGAUGGCUGGUGCCUCUGCUCCCUGCAUGGCCAGCAGGGCAUUGUGCCUGCCAACAGAGUGAAGCUUCUUCCUGCUGGCCCAGCGCCCAAGCCCAGCCUCUCCCUGGCACCCUCCGCCCAGCCUGGCUCACCACACCCAACCCUAGAGCACAGCAAUGACGAACAGGAGGUGUAUGUGGUACCACCCCCAGCUCGCCCCUGUCCUGCCUCAGGACCUCUGGCUGGACCCUGCCCACCCUCCCCUGACUCCAUCUACAAGGUCCCCAGAGGCAAUGGGACCCAACUGUCCACUCCCAGAGAUGCCUUGGAGGUCUAUGAUGUGCCCCCCACUGCCUUCCGAGCUCAAUCCAGUGACCCCUAUGACUCCCCAGCUUCCUUUUCUCAUCCACUGGCCCGGGUUGCCCAGCAGCACCCUGGGGAAGAUGAAGCUCCCUAUGAUGUACCUCUAGCCCCAAAGCCAUCCACAGAGCUGGAGCCGGAUCUGGAGUGGGAAGGGGGCCGGGAACCAGGGCCCCCACUCUACGCUGCUCCCUCCAACCUGAAACGGGCAUCAGCCCUCCUCAACCUGUAUGAAGCACCCGAAGAACUGCUGGCCAACGGGGAAAGUGGGGACACUGAUGAGGGCAUCUAUGAUGUGCCCCUGCUGGGUCCCGAGGCACCCCCUUCUCCAGAGCCCCCAGGAAACUCGGCCUCCAAUGAGCUGGACACCCUGGCCCAGCUGCUGGCCAGAAGCCCUCCGCCACCACACAGGCCUCGGCUGCCCUCUGCUGAGAGUCUGUCCAGGCGCCCUCUGCCUGCCCUGCCUGUCCCUGAGGCUCCCAGCCCUUCUCCAGCUCCCUCUCCUGCUCCAGGCCGCAAAGGCAGUAUCCAGGACCGGCCUCUGCCUCCACCCCCACCCCGCCUGCCUGGCUUUGGGGGUCCCAAGAUCGAGGGGAAUCCAGAGGACAGGGAAGUGGAGGAUGAUCCAGCAGGACCCCACAAUGAGUAUGAAGGCAUCCCAAUGGCUGAGGAGUACGACUAUGUUCACUUGAAGGGCAUGGAUAAAGCUCAGGGAUCUAGGCCCCUGGAUAAAGCCUUUCCAGAGGAUCCUGAACUGCAGGAGAAGGGACUGCCUGAGCAGCAGGAGGCCCCAUCCCCAGGGGAACCACUGGUUCUGUCCACCGGAGACCUACAGCUCCUGCACUUCUAUGCAGGGCAGUGCCAGAGCCACUACUCAGCGCUGCAGGCGGCUGUGGCAGCCCUGAUGUCCAGCACCCAGGCCAAGCAGCCCCCAAGUCUCUUCGUGCCCCAUAGCAAGCGGGUUGUGGUGGCUGCUCACCGUCUAGUAUUCGUUGGGGACACCCUGGGUCGGCUGGCAGCCUCUGCCCCUCUGCGAACACAGGUCGGGGCUGCAGGUACAGCGCUGGGCCAAGCUUUGCAGGCCACUGUGCUGGCUGUUAAGGGGGCUGCCCUGGGCUAUCCCUCAGGCCCUGCAGCCCAGGAGAUGGCACGGUGUGUGGCAGAACUGGCAGGGCGAGCCCUGCAAUUCACCACCCUGCUCACCAGCCUGGCUGCCUGAGGGUCUGUUGGCACAGCCUUCCCCUCCCCUGCCUGGUCAGAGCCUCCACACACUCAGGUCUUGGGUGGAUGGAGGGCUGUUUCAGGGAAGGGGAGGUAUCUUCCCCCUCCCCUUCCCCUUUCAGUCAUCUCAGCCUCUCACAGAGGCAUCUCUUUCCCCUAAUCCACAGCCUUUUGUAUGAGAGCCAUUUUGUAUAAAUUAUUUAUAUUUAAUGUUAUUCCCUGCUUUGUCAGGGCCAGGCACCAGGUCCUCUGAGGCAGGGAGGAACUGAACCCUCCUCCUCACCAGCCAGGGUUAGAGGUCACUGCACUGCCUCCUGCCUCUGGAAAUUUGGGACACCAAGAAUCAAGUGGCAGGAACUUGGGACCACACAGAGUCUCUCUCCCUUCCUGUUUCUUGGUUCCUGAACACCAAUUCCUCACUUAGCAGAGAAGGACAUUGACUGCCCAGAAUAUGAAGGUCUGGGAGACAUCAGAAGGCUCCUCCCCUCAAAAGGCAGGAAUGUUGGCCUGAGCAUGGGUGUAUGCACUUCAAUAAACCCUGCGGUCUGGU